AUGGCUCGGGUUACGCGUUCUCGAAAAAUCGAAAUCGCGGAAGAUCCCAUCUCCAUCGCACUCGAAACACCUCUGCCAAACACUCCAGCCGGACAGUUGCCUCUGAACGACAUCAGCAGCGACAUUGGUGAGAAUAAUAUGCCCACAGAGGAUACUUCGGUUCCUUCUCAGCUCCGGCAAUUGAAGGCAGCUUAUCGCAAUGCCAUUGGCGCAGGCAAGAAAGGCAAGAAGAGUAAGAACAAGAAGAAGGAUCAGGUAGAUGUCGAGCAACAGGAAAACAUUGGCGACGGACACGCUGCUAUGAAUGACGAGAAUGCGGAAUUCGAAGCUGUCCAUCAGUUGGAUACUCUCGCCCAUGAGGAUCUAGCCCAAUCGUACACACCAACCACUCCCAAUGCGACCUCAAAUCUGGUUCCAGAGCUCCAAACUAGAGCCGUCCGAAUGACUCGUCAUCAAUUGGCAUUACAACAAGCAGGUCAGUAUAUCUCAACACAUUUCGUUACUUCUGAUCAGUACUUCACGGAUCACCACUUAUACAAGGAUACUCCUUUUAUCAAUGACGUCGGUGGUUUUCCGACGGAUACUUUUCGAAACAGCAAACUUCAUUUGCCAAAUUCAGACGAUGGUUUCAACCACAGUAUGACUAAUUAUCAUUUACUACUAGCCAAGGAAGAGUUGGCAAAGUCCAUGUCUGAGACAACCACGGAGAUUUCAUAUGGCCAGAUUCCAGAGCCAGUGGUCGACGAGCAAGACAUUCAAGAUUUUGAGACUCCAAAAAAGGAAAUACUUCAGACCCCAGUAAAUUCGGUACGCAGAACACUUGAGGAGGUCGAGCGAACAUGUGAAAAGGAGCAAGUCCAAACUCGGGAUAACUCUGAUGAGGAAGACUCGUUUGUAAGACAAAUCACCAGCCGAACCCCAGCGAAACCAACAUCUCGAAUCGAAGACUCUCUCGAGGCUCUUGAUCAAUUCGAGGAGCAAAUGGACGCCAUUUCUCAGGCAGCUUUGGCAGAAGGCAUGUCGGUAGAGAAAGCCAAACGCACACCAUCAAAGACGGGGGAAAGCAUGGGACCGCAAGAAGGCCCACCAACAAGCAACCGACAGUCAAAUCCACCAAAACAAACCCCUUCCAAAUAUGGCUCCAUGCGAGUCAAGCCCACAACAGUUAAGCCAUCCCCGAGUGUCAAGAAAACAUCCUCCAUGGUUUUCAAGAAACCUGUCGACGAGCAGAAGGCUCAAUCAUCGGUGAAAACAGCUGGAAGACGGCCAUUGAGUGUUUUUGAAACCGUCAAAUCCACUAAACCACUCACUCGCUCUAAUUUUGAGCUCCCUGGAGAAGCUGUAGCUCGUAAGUUGAAGGAACAACGGGAAGCUCGUCUUUCACAGCGUGAGUCUAGUGAAGAAGUCUUACACCGCUCCAAACCUGUAUCUGGCCUCAAAACUACCAAGUCCACCAAACCACCAACUAGGCCGACAUUUGAACUCCCUGGGGAGGCUCUAUCCAGACGGAAGAAAGAAGCUCAAGAGGCGCGUUUGAGAGCUGAAGAGGAAGAGCAGCGAAAACGCCGCGAAUUCAAGGCCAGACCAGUUAGAAAGAGCAUCGUGCCAGAUUUUGUUCCUCGCGAGACGAUUGCCAGCCGUGCUCGCCAAAGCAAAGUGGGACUUGAGAAUAUGGAUGAUGAGCUUUCGGUUUUGAAGAGAGAUUCUGUUGGUGCACACCGUCCCUCAUUGCACCAAGUCAGCAUCGCAAAUACCUCUGCCCCUCGUGCCCCAGGAUCCAACCCACAACCGAUCGUUCGAAAGUCGUCUACGACCAGCGGCCCCUCGAUGAGUGGUCUUUACAUAGAGCGUAACUUUUCGGAUAAAGACGUGCAGGUCCAGCGCCAGCGGGCUCGAGAGAUCUACAAUCGAGAUGCCAAGUUAAUUGAGGAACAGGAGAAAGAGAAGCAGGAGCGUGAAGCGGCAGCUAAGCGUGCGCGUGAAGAAGCUGCAGAGCGGGGCCGUCAAGCAAGUAGAGAAUGGGCCGAGAAGCAGCGCGCGCGAAAGAUGGCCGAAGGUGAUAAAGGUAUGAGUACUGGCUAUGGCCCUGGCGGACAAUUGGGAUUGAGAGGCUGAGUGCUUAUGAGCGCAAUUAUGAUUAUUCAUGAGUAAUAAAGGGAGAAAGGGUGUCUGGGAUGGGAAACAGUUAUUGCUUUUUUGUAUGGAUGGUUACAGCGAAUGCGUUGGGUGUUAUAUGCUUCAUACCCCCUCGGCAGCACGGCAUGGAUAUGGAAUGGUC